GUGGCCGCCGAGUAGCCCGGAGUCUCAGAUCUCAGGUUACAGCGAUGAUCACCGAAGGGACCAAACGCAAAAAACCUCCGACUUUUGGACACCUUCCAUUCAAUAGAGCCAAAAAACUAAAGCAGUCAUGGGUUGAGAGCACGAAGAUAAAAUCUCAGUGGAAAGCCCAGAAAAAGCGGGAAGGUGUUUUUCAACGGAAACCCGAAGUGCCUUCCAAUGGCGAUCUACCCCCUGCACAUCGGGAAAAAUCUGAUGGAAGUGACCCAGAACAAUCGCACUCUAAGGAUCAAGGCUCUCACUCUAACAGUCAUCCUGAGUGCAAGCAGCGACAGGUCCCAAAUAGCUCAGCUGAUGGCGGGAUUUCACUUCGAGAACUCGGCAAACAAGCUUACUCACGCAAUUCCCUUCAUACGUACAAGGCAAAAAGUAGAAGACAUGAUAUAAAACCUUCUUGUGGUGCCAAUCCGCAGAGAGGCAGCACCAGGGGAGGGCGCGGUGCUUCCUUUGGAGAUCGAGGGCACGGGAAGGGACAACCCAACAUGAAGUAUCGAAUGACGGCCAUGCUCGAAAAAAUCAAGCGCGAUUUUACUUGAAUGAGAUACAUACACCCCGUUUAUCGUGUUCAGAUGAAAGCACCGUCAAUUUAUAUUUUCCUUGUCUCCAGCACCGUCUGCCAUCCUUUGAUCACUGCUAUCUAUAUCAUGUUGUCCCUCUCCUCUCACAAACCUUGUCUCCAGGGUAUCCAUGAAUGGCUUGGAGUCCACCGUAGUGACAGCUGUAAGAGCUGUUGGAUGACUACUCAAAUGCCCUGGGCCUGGGUCAUCCAAUUCGUCUACUAGGCCAAGUCCUUUGGGUGGCAUCCCUU